UUAAAAGCACAACACAAAAAGUCCUGUUGACGAACUUUUAGGUUUUAUACCGCCACCUAUCGCUGUGGAGUAUGAACGCGACACUUUCUGUUUCCUGAUGUAAACAGCUCAGUCAUUUUCUAUGUAGAAGUCGUGCUAGUCUUUUGCGUUACACUUCACUGAAGUAUUAACUGGUUUUAUUUAGGAAAACUAAAUUAAAGUCGCGCUCACUGAUGGAUUCUCAGACCUACAACGUGAAACUCUAUAUUUAUGACUUGUCAAAGGGACUUGCUCGCCAGCUGAGCCCGAUGCUCUUGGGAAAACAACUCGAAGGAGUUUGGCACACGUCCAUAAUAAUACAUGAAGCAGAGUAUUUCUUUGGGGGACAAGGGAUAACACACUGCCCACCGGGUGGUACACUGUUGGGAGAGCCUGAUGCCAUAGUGGAUAUGGGAAACACAGAAGUUCCAAAAGACUUAUUUACAGAAUAUGUUUCAUCCCUUCAGGAGUCUGCAUACAGCCCAGAGACCUACCACAUUUUUGACCACAACUGUAACGCUUUCAGUAGUGAAGUGGCCCAGUUUUUAACAGGGAGAAAAAUUCCAUCAUAUAUUACUGACCUGCCAGCUGAUGUGCUUUCCACGCCUUUUGGACAAACACUGCGUCCUCUGAUUGAAUCUGUCACCAUUGUCCCACCUACAGACAACUCUAUUAAUGGACAUUAUGGACAGAGGUAGACUGUGUUGUAAAGAACAGUGUCAUAUUAAAGGAAUGAUUCAAGCUCAGAUUAGGAAAUUAAGGUUUUUCGGAGGUCGGUUUAUCAGGCAGUAUACAUGACAUAUAUAAAAUUAACAGCCUGUCGCACUACAGGUUUAUUUUCUGCCACUACAGUUUAAUGUAGCUAACAAUUGAGGGAUGCUUAUAGCUGCCAGUCUUACUGACAUCUUCAUCAUCACACACUUGUUUCAAAAAUACAUUUAGAAACCAACAGAUCAAGUUUUCUGUUUCGUGUUGUCUAGACUUUAACUCGAUCUGCGGUACCAUCUGAAAUUCACACGAGCUUGUGCAAAGCAAUACCAAAAUACAUGCUGAGGAAGUGAUUCUUGCGUUAUGGCUGUUAUUUCUGUUUUGUGCAGAACACUUCGCAUAUAUUAUUACUGUAUGACACUUGAUAGUGCACUGUACAAUAGUGACCCAUAUUACACUGUGUAUCAUGCAGUGUUUAAAACUAAAAGGAAAAUCUAUUGAUUUGUACUUCUGAAUGUGUGAUGAACAAAAUGCAUUUUGUGAGUGAUGCUGAAUUUAAGGCUGUAAGCUUCCCUUACUUGUUAGCAACAUUGCUCCAGCUCCAGUGUAGAUGCCAAACAUGUUUUACAUGGAAUUUUAUUUCCAAUCUAUCACUUUAAUACGUUGGUUUUAGAUAGAUAAAUAGAAACUUUAAGGAACAUUGCAGCAUUAGUUGUAAAAUACAUUAAUGAGAACUUGAUCUGUAAAAUUGUGCAAAACAAAAUGAUCAGUAAUGAAGCUUCAGAAUAACAUUUACAUUUACAGCAUUUGGCAGACGCCCUUAUCCAGAGCGACGUACAUAAGUGCUUAAAUCUCUAACAUUGAAUCAUUAAUGCUGGCUCACUAGGUUACAUACUUAAGAUACCAUGAGUUUAAAACAUUUGUUCAAAGUUACAAUGAAAAAGUAAUUCAACAUAUUGAGUAAUAGAGUGCAGAUAAUAUAUUGCAAAAUAUUUUUGGUCUUACAGACAGAUUCUUUCACAAAAUGCUUGGCACAUCAGUUACUGAAACAAAAAACAGAAAAUAACAACUUCUCAUGGCUAAUAAAAUAUUUCAAGAAUUUCUUGAAAUGAAUAUACAGUGCCAUGCAAAAGUAUUCAUACCCACUGAACCGUUUCACAUUUUGACACGUUACAACCACAAAAAUUUUUUAUUUUAUUAGGAUUUUUAUGUGAUAGACCAACACAAACUGGCACAUAAUUGUGAAGUGGAAAAAAAUGAUAAAUGGUGUCUGAAAAGUGUGGCAUGCAUUUGUAUUCAGCCCCAUUGAGUCAAUACUUUGUAGAACCACCUUUCGCUGCAACUACAGCUGCAAGUCUUUUGGGGUAUGUCUCUACCAGCUUUGCACAUCUAGAGAGUGAAAUUUUUGCCCAUUCUGCAAAGAAGAAAAAUAGCUCAAGCUCAGUCAGAUUGGCUGGUGAGCGUCUAUGAACAGCGAUUUUCAAGUCUCUGUGAUUAUCAAAUUAUGUGUCACUUUGUGUUGGUCUAUCACACAAAAUCCUAAUAAAAUAAAUUUUUGUUUGUGGUUGUAACGUGUCAAAAUGUGAAAAAGUUCAGUGGGUACGAAUACUUUUGCUAGGCACUGUAUCACACAAACAAAUUGCUUUAAAAUGUCUGUAAAAUAUUCUAUAUUCAAAGUGGGACUACAUUUAUACUGAUACCAAAUAUCUUAAGAUAUAAAUGUCUUUUCUGUAAGUGGUGUGUCACAGCGGCAACUUCCAAUCACUUCUCAUCUAUUAGUCUCUGGUGCUGUAUGGCACAUGUGCUGGUGAGUUCAGCUGAUUUAUUGUACAUUUUCCACAUUCUUUUUUUGUCAUUAUUUGUCAUGGUAUCAUGUCUACCUUUAUAAUCUGUCAAAAUUAGAUUUAUUGCCAAUCAGUUUUGUUUCUUAAAUAUCCACAAAUGUUCUGUCUUUAGCAGUGAAGUUAUAGGUUUGAGCUUAUCUUAUAUUAAGUUUAACUAAUAGGGAUUUUUUAAUACUUGGAAGGAGCAACAUUCAGAGAAUAUAUUUUUAAUAUAUAAUUUCAGGUUUUACCUCCAAGUCUGUAUGUCUGCCUAUAUACUUAAUGGGAGAAACUUGUGGGAGAAUGACUUCUUUAUUAUAUACUUGAAGGUUCUUUUGUUGAUGUAAUUUAAACUGAAUUAUUGGUUAUGUUACUUGUCAAAUUGGUGUAAUAAUUGUGUACUUCAAAUAAUAAAGCUUAUGGCGUAUAUAUUUA